GUUCUGAGAUACGUAACGACGGGUGGUGUGUGUUGUGACAGCUCGUGCGCGGCCAGGAAAAUCGCUCGUGUACGAUUCGACGACGGAACGAGAACUUUCUCCUGUCUAUUCGUGACUGGAGAUCAACGUAGAAUUUCCCGAUAGAUAGUGCGCGAAUCGGAGAUAACAUUGAGAAGAAUCCAGGCGAGAACACGCGAGCGAUGCGGAUCGAAGGUGGACAGAGAUAGACGACGGACAAGACCAAAGUGCGAGCACAGCUGUUUCGAGGAGAAGGGGAUAUCUCUCUCUCUCUUUCUCUCUCUCGGGCGGCCGAAUAUACGCGUCGCGGAAGAGAACGUCGGGACGCGGCGUACGUCGAGUAAGGAUCGAUCGAAGGGUUGAUAUCACGCGCAAUUAAAUAAAAAAAAAAAAAAAACCAAAAAUCCGCGGAAAGCGAAGGUUUAUAUUCGAACGAUUGAAAUUAUUCGCGGUAUCUUUAUUAUUUCGGGAUUAUACUGUGUGUCGCCAAUAUCCAGGGCAAAUAUCCAGGUGGAAAUAAGAGAAGGGAAAGAGACGGUUUCUCCUGAAAAAAAAUUGUACGCGGAUCGUUUUCAAAGAUCAUUUCCGAAAAUGUUGCGUCCCACCCACGAGGGCAGAAGCACCCAGAUGGAGGAACGUGUUACAGCUGACGAGAAGAAGCGGUGGCGUAUCGACGACCACGACGACGUCGAGGAGGGCAACGUCGAUUCCGGAUUCCUGUCGAGUGGCAAUCUACAGUUCAGCGGCGAGAUCCGCGACUCGGAUUUACCGCAACAGGGGGGACAAUCCGGGGGGUUGGAGGGGGAGGGGGAGCAGCGAGCGGCGCCGACUCCCGCGCCAGCGGUGACGACCGCAUCGUUAUCAACAUCAUCAUCAUCAUCGACGGCGACGACGACGAUUGCGGAGGAGCCAAUGAGGGCGAUCGACAGCGGCGUGGACCUCGACCUCACCGAGACUAUCAGCCAGCUGAGCCUGAAGCAGGUCAGCCUGAACGCGCUCGCCUCCAAGAGCGGCAAAUUGAUUCAGGCCGAGUCGACUAGUCCCGAGCUGUCACCCGUGACGGCGAACCUAACGCAAGAUGAUAGCAACAAUCAGCAACACGAUGAAGCAUUGUUGUUCGAGCAACAUCAGCGGGACAGCGAUGAGAGGGAGACGAGCAACGAGGAACCCUGGCAGCUCUACUACACGCAGGACGACGACGGUGACACGCAGUUGCAUAUCGCAAUCGUGCAAGGCUUUGUGGAAGCUGCGCUCUGUUUGAUAAGGAUGGCGCCUGACCCGUGCCUAUUGGACACCAUUAACGACGACUGGCAAUCGCCCCUACAUCUGGCAGUGUUGACACAUCAACCACUGAUCGUCAGACAUCUAAUCCUAGCAGGCGCGGAUCCAUCUCUGAGGAAUUUCCGCGGAAACACGGCCCUACAUCUGGCUUGUGCGAGUGGAGAUCUCGCUUGCGCUAAAGCUCUCACAGAUUCAUUGUAUUCGAUGAAGAGGAAUAAGUUGACGCUUGGACAGCAAGUACCCGCCUUACCACAAAACUUGGAGCAACGUAACUACAACGGUGAGAUGUGCUUGCACGUGGCCGCCGCAAACGGACAUGCGGAUCUGGUGCGACUUCUAUUGCGUCUAGGCGCCGAUCUCAAGGCGAAGGAGGGUCUGGCGGGAUACACGGCCCUUCAUCUCGCGGUGGAGCGCGAAUAUCGGCCGGUGUUUGAGCUGCUUCUGCCAGAGUGUCAACGAACGUCGUGUCUGGACGAGCGAACGUAUCGUGGCACGACUGCUUAUCAAUUGACCCUGGAUGCUCACAGUGCGUUCGCCAAGGAGGCUCGUAGGAAACUGAUACGGUACGGCGCGGCGCCGGAACCGCUGCCAGAAUCGGAUUCCGAGAGCAGCGAAGACGAGGAAACGGAGAGGUCCUUGUGGACGGCGGAUUACUUGCCCGCGAUCGUCAAGACGCAAAACACAGUCGGAGUGACAGUCUAAACUAUUCAUCGGUCAGUAAUCUAUUCAUUAAUUCAUUGAACGUUUUUGGGCACUGCACAUAGUCGGAUGAAAAGAAGACAGAAAGAGUGCGUGCUGCGCAUAUACAACAAGAUCUCUCGAAUCGCGUCUGCGAAAUCAUUUUAGUUUAUUAGUCGAAUUAAGAUGGACAUAGUUACAGUGAAUAAAAUUUAUCAGAUAAGAAACAAAUUAUAAAAAUAUGUUUCGCGUCUCUCUAUCUUCCAUAUAUAUUAUAAUGCAACCAUAAAGUUGUAUCUUGAGUUUCAAUGAGUUCACGAAAUUAUUGUAAUUAAUGGACGAAAGUGAAUAAUUGUCAUCUGGAACUUGUAGUUUGAGUUUUGACGCGCUGGACGACGUCAUUUUAAAUAUUAAAGAUGUUAAGAAAAAUAAUUAGAAUAAAAAUUGGUAGAUAAGAAAAGAAAAAUUUGACAUGAUAAUGAUUUUAAUGCAUAUAAUGCACAAGUAAACUCAGUGUCUAGGUUUGAAGCGCAUCUCUAUAACGUCAUCUUAAUCUGCUGGAUGGAUUAAGAUUUAUAGCAAAAAGUGGAAGGAUUGUCAAUUAAAAAAAUAACACAGUGGAACGAGAUUAGCUUCAAUAUGUGUUACAUAACAACUAUAAUGCGUGAUCCUAAAAAUGUCUUGAGUCGACAAGUAUUACUAUUAUAAUAGACUGUGUACGCUUUUUAAAUCCGAUAUCGACAGCAAGUUAAGGGAUAAAUGACGAACGAAUAACGUUCGAAAUCGAAGAUCUCAGAAACGAACUUAUACGCGACCACUAACGAAUAUCCGAUUACGAACGAAGCGACAAUACAUAGGCGCGAGCUAUCCCAGCGGUCGUUCGCUUUUUCUCCCCUUACAGUUAUCCUUCUGCAAGCCAGUAGGCAUGCAGCAGUGUUCGCAGUGUUGUACAGAGUGUUCCAAGAAAGGCUGUACAAAUAACAUAUAAAGGACAAUGUAUAUUUUAAUGCGAAUAAAAGUGUUCUUACGAUAUUGGCCGUAGAAUCUGCGAACAAUGGAUGUAUCGGUCUUGAGAUGUGUGUCAGUUAUGACGAAGCGAGAAUGGAAUAUUUGCGUUUAGCCAAUACAAUAUUUUACAAUUGUAAAUAGAGGAGUACGUGUCACAAAUCGCGUCCGAUGCGAAUAUUCUUGAAGAAAAAUCCUUGUUAACGGAGAUCGUAGAUUACAGAAUAGACGCAAAGUUGGCACGUGGUCGACAACACAUACAUUUUAAGUCGGAGAGAAAUAAUCGAAUCCACAUUCUUAUGUGCGACUUGUAUACUUGUAUUUAUAUUUAGAAAUAUUGAAAAAAGGUCCAAACCGAUACGAUAAUUCAUCGACGAUUAAUCGGAUCAAUGUUCAUUGUAGUAGUAUGUAAUUGCUUCCAUUGAUAUAGUUAAUCUUUUUCACCUUUUCGUACAUAGAUAUCUUCCGUUAGAGUCAUGAAUAUACGUUAUUGUCACGGCAUAUACUUGUUAUAUUCGUAUAUAUAUAUAUAUAUAUAUAUAUAUAUAUAUAUAUAUAUAUAUAUAUAGUCUAUAAUUAUUUUUAAUAAAAAAAAUCAUGUUAUACAAAC